AUCCACCACAUUUCUUGAUGGAUGGUCCUGACCACAUACAGUCAUGACCCAGCAAGACCUAGAUCUGCCUGACCUAAACUGGUCGAUAUUGCGGGACGCUACCACCUGUCUCACUUGUUAUUUUGCGACGGCGCUCAACAAUUGGUCUAUAACUCUGAUAUACAUCUCUGACAAUCCUGAACUCCUCCUAACACCAUUGCGGAUUGCGCGUUAUAUGUGCUUCCUCCCAUUUCGGUUAAUCCUUUGGCCGUUCAAGCUCUUGACCAGAUUCAUCCUGUACAUCGUCGGUUUUAGAAGACAGGGUGUAGCAAAAGGUUCAUACGCAUCCCGAAUCCAAUCCCGUCGUUAUGGUGGCUAUGUACCACCGCAAUCUACCUUUUCAAAAUUCCAGGCGCAUGGGGCUACUGAUGAUUACGAGGACGAAGAUGAACCGGAAUCAACGUUUGCGACUCCCGUGUCUUUCAUGGCGGGUAUUGGAGUCUGGUUUGUCUUGGGUAGGGCAUGGGGAUGGUGGUAUUGA